ACUUCUUGUCUAGUUCUUCUUCUUCAACGCCUCAAGCAGCUCGGCCGGCGGCUGCUGUCGGUAUCCCUGAGGGUUGUUCCGCGUCCAGCGCCAGAGGUCCUCACACGCCUGUUCGAGCGUCCGCUCGGCCUUCCAGCCCAGCUCCUUGUUCGCCCGCGUAGGGUUCGACGUCAGGUCCAGCACGUCACCCGGACGGCGAGGAGCAACCUCGUAUGGCAGGUCACGGCCCACCGCGGCCGAGAAGGCGCGGAUCAUCUCGUAGACAGUGCUGCCACGGCCAGUACCCAGGUUCCAGGCGCGAACACCAGGCUUGUUCGCACGCAGGUAGUUGAGCGCUAG